GACAUCUUUGCUUCCAGGCACUUUCUGAUUUGCGUCGGGCAAAUGAGUCCCAUCAACAGUCUCUGGUUCAAGUGGAAGAGCCUGAAAUUGCCAUGGCGCACUUCCUUUCUCGUCGGCCAUGAUUUGAAGGGAAACACCUAUUGGGAAUUCAAAGAUGCCCUGAAUGCGAAUCGGUAUCGUCGCAUCGUCAAAUGUGACCCCAAAACCCACCUCUCCGAUGUCCAAGUCAGCCCACAAUGGCACCAAUGGCUUCGAUACGUACGAGCGGAGCCUCCGUCGAUCGAAGAACAGCAACAGGACAUCAUCCGACAGAUUCAACUCAAGGAGUUGGCUCGUCUCGCCGAUGAACGGUGGGCGAGCAAGGCAUCUUAUCUCGAUAAGCCGAAGACUCAGCAACCCGCCCCUGCUACCCAGACCAGCGAUGCGACAUUGAACCCUCCGAAGGAUGAGGCGCAGGCUACCAAGGCUACCCCUGCUGCUCCUGGGAACGAGAAGAAGGAAAAACCAGCUUCAAAACAAGACCCUUGGGCAAAGGCCGCCAGUGGACCUGGUGAGAAGUGGCAGCCGGAUUCUUGGAGUCCGACCUCUUCCCAGAGAUGAGCUGGUUUGUUGCUUCGAACUUCGACCUUAAUCGCCCUGGUCGUCGAUUACGAUCCCAAGUCGCGUGCAUGGUGCGGAUUAUGCUACCAGACUAGCCGUGCAUCCUUCAGAGCUGCUGAGAUCCUGGAUGGCCGUCUUGGUGUUUGCCGAAAUCACCCUCUCCACUCUGUCUACAUUUUACUUCAGGAGUCAUGAGAACUGAUCAGCGUUCCUCGCCAGAUCGAGGAGUCAUCGAGCCGUGCCGUUGUAUAAAGAGAGGUGCAUUAGGCACUGGUCUUGCAUGGCGAGAACUCUUUGGUGCAGGGACUUGCAAACACCUUGUGUCAGCUCGAGCGGCAUUGUAUAUUACCUACUUUAGAGUGUAUGUACUAUAGUUAUUGAACUAAGCAGAAUGAGUCUAUGGCGUUCUGCCAGGUGUCGCAAUGAAUUCGAUUACCG